CCGCGACGCAGGAACAGGCACCCCCUCACGUCGCCAUCUCUGCCUUCACUUGCGUCGACAAACAAACAUGGCGCGUCUCAACACACACCUCUCUGCCACCCCACAACAGAGUCGCGCGACCACAGCCGACACUCUUUAUCGCGACCCCUCCGUUGCGCCACGGAAUGCCAGAAAUGCGCGCCCCUCGACCUACUCUGUCAUAAGCCCGUCGCAGUCCAUGGCGUCGGACAAAGAAAACGAAAUGCCUGAAACGCGUGAAAACACGCCCCGCCCAAGCAAAGCCAGGGGCCUGAGAGGCGCGUCUGUACGCAUGCCUACGCCAGAUUCUGGGUCGACUGCAGGAGGGAGCGGCAACAAGAGGCGACGAACGGGGACCUACAGCAUGGGCGGCCCCCAGGUCUACGAAGAUGAAGAGGAGGAGCUAGAAGAGGAGGAGGACGAAGAUGAAGAAGUGGACGAUGACGACACAACCGGGCAGGUCGAGAACGAUGAGAGCGAGCACCAAAAGCACUACGACCCCAACCAGCCUCCUGAGCAGGCCCGUCGAGUGCGCGCGCAUUUGCGCGACAAUCAUCGCACUCUUGAGGAAAACCGCGAUGACAUGAUUGGGAACAACAGCCAUCUACACGACCUCCUCCUCAAGCAGAACAGCAUCUUUGGCAAGGUCCGACAGACCAUCGACGCUGCGGCAGAUUCCCGUUUUCUGGUACACGCCAGCGAUUUGGCUACAAAGAAGCUAGACAACAGUCUGCAUGGGAGCAGCGGUGUCAGCAUUGAUCUGGACAAGUUUGUAUCAAAGUGCAUUCACUUUAUGAAGACUGGCGGAAACAUCGAGGACGCACCGGUAGUGGCAGACGACGACGAAGAAGACGACACUGGCGAUGGCCUCGAUUGGGCCUUGUUCGGUCGACAAGCAUGCUUUCCAUUCAACAGGCGACCGCCAACAUCGGGCUUUCUCCUCGGCCCUCUGUCUGUUCAGAAGCGCGUCAGGACCACCCAACGAAAGGCAAGGUCACAGCGUCAGCCCUUGGCACCAGAAACACGGCCACAGGAGAUCAGGGAAGCCGACCUCCAGGAGUCUGAGAACUCAAACUUGUCCCACCUCGUCAAAGGCAUCAAGUCCCAUCUCGAACGCCACAUUGAGCGCGCACAGGAGGGAGUCGAACAGGAGCUGUCGCAAAUUGGAGAAGACGAUGUGGGUGAAGAGGACCAACGCGCAGCCUGUCGACGUUUCCGAGUGGAUCCAGCACCAACCGGAGAACUAGCUGUCGGACUUCUCGACUUUGCAAUCAAUCCGCGUGAUUUCGGACAGACAGUGGAAAAUCUUUUCUACAUCAGUUUUCUGGUUCGAGAAGGCAACGCCAUGAUCAUGAAAGAUGACGAUGGCCUGCCUCUACUCAUGCCUGGAGUACCACACGGUGUGUCUGAGCAGCGAGAAAAGAAUGUUCAGAAGAACCAGGCCGUCUUCAGUAUAAACUACGCCAACUGGCAGAUGUUUAUCGACGCUUUCGACAUCAAAGAACCGCUUAUUCCGCAUCGCGAGAACGAAGAUGUGAAUGCUGGGCCGAGCGGCUGGUACGGCUAAGCCUAUUACAUGUUGUUACCUCGUACAGAGGCAUGUUACAAUAUCUCCACGCUUCCCUGAUAUUCCUCCUCUUCGUUUUGCAAACAUGGUUGUACAGUUCAGGUUGGUUGGUAUAGCUGGGUAAAAUCUUUGCGGCGCAGCAAAUGUUCUGUUUUUUGGUCGGAGUGUGCGUCUUCGACCCGUAGUUCCUCCAUAAGCCUUUGAUACCCCAGGUCUUCUCUUGAUUUCUUUUAUCGGUUUGGCUUUAGCACAUCUAGAGGGAUAUGUGUGCGGUGUGUCUUUUGCGAAUAACAUAUUGCGUGUUUCAUGCGUCUUGCGAUAUCGUUGUGCGAAAGGUCUCAAUACCUUGAUGUCAACGAUUCUGCAAAGCAACAGAUGUACGCUACAACCUUCGCCCAUGACCGUUGGAGCGGUUUGUAACCGGUGUUCAGGUUUGUUGACGAGUCAACAAUGAUGAUGACAAGAGUACACCACUAUCA